AGCCGGUUAUAACGGUCCCCGUUAUUAGCAACAACGUACACAACUCACUCUAGUGGGGGACAAAGGGGUUUUCAGGGUGAGUUUGCUGGCCACUUACUUCGGAAUACUUGCCUGCUAGACACAAACCGAGAGCCGUGGGUACUCGACGUAUUAACGUGGUGGCUUGACUCGGCGCUGCAUGCUAACGAUAUCUUAAAAGGAUGCCAUUUUUUUCUCUCGCUCUCUCUCUCUCUUCCCCUUUUCGCUGAAGUAAGCUAAGCUAAGCUAGGCUAGGCAGCCCCGCCAGACGUCAGCAUGCUGGAAGCGAUGACCUGCUAGGCUAACGAUUCACGGCUAGCCGACGAGACAGGCUCGCUGGUCCCCUUAGCCGGCUAAGCUAGGCUCGGACAGUAACGACGCUUCGUGUGGCCCUAGCUGGAUUUCAUAACGGUCUCCUCCGCCAGCUCUGGUAAAUGGGCUCCGUUUCGCCGUGGAAGCCUAAAGCAAACCAUUACUGUGGCGUGCUAGCCGCUGCUAGCCGCUACACGUUAGCUUCCAGCUAGCCCUGUACGCCGCGCACCACUAGCUAAGUGAAAGCUGUCGUGCCACCACCUGGAACUAGUCACGUAUGACCGCAAGUGAGGACCCGCCGCAAGACAUUUGAACGCCCAUCCUCGCCGGCGACUCAACGGCGACAUAUGGCUGCAAACAGCGAGCUCGUCUUCCAUGCUAACGCGUAGUACGUCUAACGACUUUAGCCCCGUCGCGCCCAGCGCCGCCCGCGGACGCGCCUCCGUGCGUGCGACGCAGUUAAGCUAGGCUAACGUUAGCCCGCUGCCACUCAUCGGCGUCUCUUUUGUUGUGUCUCGGAGAGUGAACGACCCAGUUUAAAGAGCCUUCAUCCACACCUUCUUUUUUUUUUAAAAUGCCAUCCUCUUCUCAAAUGCGUUUAUUACAGACCGAAUGACCGAAAGAGGCUGACGUCAACUCAUCGCGGCGAACAUGUCAAAGAGGCCGUCUUACGCCCCGCCCCCUCCCCCGGCCCCCACGACACAAAUGCCCAACACCACUGGGUUUGUGGGGUACAAUCCAUACAGUCAUCUGGCCUACAACAACUACAGACUUGGAGGGAGCCAAGGCAGCAACAGUCGGGUAACGAAUUCCUCUGGUAUAAAUAUUCCAAAGCCACCCAAGCCACCUGAUAAGCCACUGAUGCCAUACAUGAGAUAUAGUCGAAAGGUUUGGGAUCAAGUAAAAGCCUCCAAUCCUGAUCUGAAGCUAUGGGAAAUUGGGAAGAUAAUCGGUGGCAUGUGGAGGGACCUCACUGAUGAGGAGAAACAGGAUUAUUUGAAUGACUACGAAGCAGAGAAGAUUGAGUACAAUGAGAGCAUGAAGGCAUAUCACAACUCCCCAGCCUACCUGGCCUAUGUCAAUGCAAAGAGCCGUGCUGAGGCAGCUCUGGAAGAGGAGAGCCGACAGAGGCAGUCCAGACUGGACAAGGGUGAGCCUUACAUGAGCAUUCAGCCAGCCGAGGAUCCGGAUGAUUACGAUGAUGGAUUCUCCACCAAGCACUCUGCCGCAGCUCGUUUCCAGCGCAACCACCGUUUGAUCAGCGAGAUCCUCAGUGAGAGCGUGGUCCCAGAUGUCCGGUCCGUCGUUACAACCGCUCGCAUGCAGGUCCUUAAGCGCCAGGUCCAGUCUCUGAUGGUGCAUCAGCGAAAGUUGGAGGCAGAGCUGCUUCAAAUUGAAGACCGCCACCAGGAUAAGAAAAGGAAGUUUGUUGAAGCUACGGAGUCUUUCACAAAUGAGCUCAAAAGGCUUUGUUGUUUGAAAGUGGAGGUGGACAUGGAGAAGAUCUCUACAGAGAUUGCUGCAGCAGAGGAGGCGUCCCGCAAACGGAUGGCUGAACGAGAGAAGGAGGCAGGAGACCAAGGUCCUCGAGAGGCCCCUGUCUGUGUCUUGGCAGAGGAGGAAAAACACGUUUGUGCAACACACGGCAACAAAUCCCAGCACAGAUCUCUCAGCGAAAGUAGCAACAAGGAAGCCGAGGACACAGACUCAAACCCCACAGACACCACAGGGAAGCUGAAAGCUUCAGAGGAGCUGGAGGGUCAUCAAGGCAGCGAGGAGGCGGUAUCAGAAGACAAGGAGAGCGUUCCAGAGGCAGCCAUGGAAGAGGGCACCAGUGACAGUAACACAGGCUCAGAAACAACCUCUGCUCAGACAGAGGAUGCCCUGCCUAGCGAGCCAUCUUCAGAAGGUCCCAGCAGAGUGCGCACAGGCCACUGAGUCAUCCCCGACUGAUUUGAAAAAAAAAAACA